GGCGAUUUAAGGUCAAAUCGUCAAAAGGAAGAACUGACAGCUGUUGUCUAUCAUUAGCAUUACUUGUCUUCAUCUAUGUCAUUAGCAACUUAUUAGCUUAUUUUUGUGGUAAUUUGUGGACGCUUUUUUUGUUGUUAGUUGUAGUUGUAGUUGCGCUUACAAUGGCUGAAGUUCAAUGUGUAAGAAAGCGCAAAUUUAAACCAAUGGAAGUGGACACGUGCGAUGUGAGUGAAGGAGCAAAUUCCAAGCGGAUUAAGCGUGCCAGAAACAAAGUUUCAGCCAAGAAUGAAAACAUGCGGAAGAUUCCGGUACCAUAUCAUAGGUACAGUCCGAUGAAAGAAAACUGGCUGAAACUGUUCACACCAAUUGUAGAACAUCUGCACCUCCAGAUCAGAUUCAACCUGAAAAGUAGAAACGUGGAAAUCAAAACCAGCCCUCAGACGAAAGACAUUGCUAAUUUACAGAAGGCUGCCGACUUUGUAAAGGCUUUUAUGGAUGGGUUCGAGGUGGACGACGCCCUGGCCCUGCUUCGACUCGACGAUCUUUUCGUCGAAUCUUUCGAAAUCAAGGAUGUGAAGACGUUGAAGGGCGACCAUCAGUCAAGGGCGAUUGGGCGACUAGCUGGAAAAGGGGGCCGCACAAAAUUCACGAUCGAAAACGCCACUAAAACGAGAAUAGUGUUGGCUGACUCCAAAAUCCACAUUCUGGGCAGUUUCCAAAACAUCCAACUGGCCAGGAGGGCCAUUUGUAAUUUGAUUUUAGGAUCUCCUCCCUCAAAAGUCUAUGGCCAUCUCAAGAAUGUGGCAUCAAGAGUGUCCAAUUAAACAUAGUACAUAUAUACUUUAGGCUAACUAUGAAUAUAAAGCUUGUUACCAAGAA